AUGGAAUUUAAAUAUACAUUUAAUAAACCAAUUAACUACAUAUCAGCUGGAUCAAUUGUAAAUCAAGAUCAUAUUGGUGAUUCAAGUUCAUCAAAUGAAAAAGAUGAUAAACCAAAAUUAUUUUCACAAUUAAAAAUUAAGAAUUUAAAAUUAAAAAAUCGUAUAGUUGUUAGUCCAAUGUGUCAGUAUUCAAGUUUAGAUGGAUAUUUUAAUGAUUGGCAUUUUAGUCAUUAUUCAAAUUUUGCAAAAGGUGGUGCAAGUUUAGUAAUAAUUGAAGCAACAUCAGUUGUACCAGAAGGUCGUAUCACAUAUGGUGAUGCAGGACUUUGGAAAGAUUCUCAAAUUGAUGGAUUAAAGAGAAUCGUUGAUUUUUCACAUGAAUUUGAUAGUAAAGUUGGUAUUCAACUUGGACAUGCAGGUCGAAAAGGAUCAAGUAUUCCAUUGUUUUUAGAAGGUGCCAGAAAUUCAAAUUCAAUUCCAAACAAUGAUCCAAGUGGUAAUGGUUGGAAUGUAUAUGCACCAUCGUCAAUCCAAUGGAGUGAUAAAAUGUCAAUACCAAUUGAAAUGUCAAUUAAUGAUAUUGAAAAUGUUAUUGAAUCAUUCAAGAAAUCAGCAAUAAGAUGCGCUAAAGCUGGUAUCGAUUUAAUUGAAAUUCAUGCUGCCCACGGUUACUUAAUCAAUCAAUUCCUUUCAUCAACUUCAAAUAAACGUACCGAUAGUUAUGGUGGUGGCUCAUUCGAUGGUAGAAUUAAAUUACUAAUUGAAAUCGUUAAAUCAGUUCGUUCAGUUUGGCCAACUGAAAAGCCAUUAGCUGUUAGAAUAUCUGCUGAUGAAUGGGUAGAGAAUGAAAAUGGUUGGGAUUUAAAUGAUUCAAUUAAAUUGGCAGAAAUUUUAGAAUCAUUAGAUGUUGAUUUAAUUGAUGUUUCGACUGGUGGUAAUAAUAGUAAACAAAAGAUUACUUCAAAACCAUUAUAUCAAGUACCAUUCUCUCAUGAAAUUAAACAAUUAAUUUUAAAACGUUCUGGUAAAUUAUUAGUUUCCUCUGUUGGUUUAAUUACAACUGCUAAUGAAGCUGAAUCAAUCCUUCAAUCAAAUAGUUCGGAUUUAAUAAUGUUUGGUAGAGCUUUUCUUAGAAAUCCUUUCUUACCAAUUGAAUUCGCUCAUCAAUUAAAAUUAAGAAUUGAUUACACUUUACAAUAUCAACCAUCAAGAAUUCGUUAUACAAAUUAA